UGGAUACAUAUAGUUGAAACUGUUCGUGAUUGUGAAGGAUUUGCCAUUCAAAUAAUUGAUUUACUAAUUGUGUCAACUGAUUUUCUUGUUUCAAUCAUCAUUUACUAAUAAACUAUAGUUUAAAGUGAAACAAUUAAUAAAAAUGGGCAAAGGACCAACUAAAGAAAAAAGUUCAACCAAAGGUAAACACGAUUCAAAGGAUAAACAAUCGGAAUCGACCACUCGACGGUAUCGAACUGCGUUUACUCGUGAACAAUUAACCCAACUCGAGAAAGAAUUUAUCAAAGAGAAUUACGUUUCGAGACCUCGCCGAUGUGAACUCGCCGUUUCCCUCAAUUUACCCGAAUCUACGAUUAAGGUUUGGUUCCAAAAUCGGAGGAUGAAAGGUAAAGAAUUCGAUAAACGUCAACGAAUGCAAUUGACGUGGCCAUACCCCGCCGAUCCUGCUAUCGCUGCUUAUAUACUUGCGAUGGCGGGAAUGAUUCCCGAUCAAGCGCUUUGGAUGCGAGCAUUGGGCUCAACUUAUCCUGGAAAUCCUUGUAUGAUGGGACUUCGAGGUUCGACCAGUGGUUCACCUCCCGUUACAAUUGGACCAAUAACAACACCGCCAACCUCAACAACUCCUACAACAAUUAAAACUGAUUGUUCAUCUUCAUCCUCAUCAUCACCUAAUCAUCAACACCUCCAAUGGAAAUUUGAUAAAAUUUCAACAAAUUUCUAAAUUUAAAUUCUAAAUUGUCUCAUCUCAAUAAUCAUUAUAAUUAUAUAAAUUAUUAUCAUCAUCUCAUCAUUAAUCAUCUCAUUACUAUUAAACCAUCAAUUAUUUAACCGAUUAAAUUAAAAAUAAAUUAUUGAUUAAUACACGACCGUUAAUGGUCAAUGAAAAAACUAAA